CUGAGAAGAUCGCCAGGAGAAGUGUGUUUUCCAGGAGGCAAAAGUGAACCAGCUGAUAAAGAUGACAUUGACACUGCUCUCCGAGAAGCUAAAGAAGAGGUGGGACUGCAGCCAGAGAAUGUGGAAGUCAUCUGUAGGCUUGUGCCUGGAAUUGAUAAAAUGAAUCACGUGGUGACACCAGUUGUGGGAUUUAUCGAGGACACAUUCCAGGCCACUCCUAAUCCUGAUGAAGUGAGCGAUGUUUUUGUUGUGCCUUUGGAGUAUUUUCUGAAGCCCUUGCAUUACAAGGCCCUGUCCUAUAAAACCCCCUCGGGGCUCGUAACUCGAAUGCACUGCUUCACGUACUACAGCCAGGAGCAGAAAAGGUCAUUCCGGAUAUGGGGACUUACAGCACACUUUGCUGUGUUCCUUGCUCUAGCAGUUUUUGGAACAAGACCUACCUUUGAAGUGGAGUAUGAUCUUGACAACUUGAUUUCAUCCUCUGAGAAUAACUUCAUUAGUUUGUAUGCAUCCUUAUAUGAGAAAAAGAAGAGUCAUCUGUGA